AUGUCUAUAUGGCCAUCACCACCAUCCACACCGAGAAACCAAUAUCCACGUUGUCCACACUCCAAGAUUGCGGGACGAUAUUCUCCACUAGCGAUGGAUGCAGCAUCCCCACCAAAUAAGUAUGGUAAUGGAGCCAUGAUGCUGAACGAGCCUCCCAAAGCAUUCCGGCCUUCAGAAGACAGUACAGUGUAUAGUAGCAGGCCGUCAUCUAUCAUCGACGUUCCUCUCCAUGGCCUGAAACGACCACUUCACAAACCACCAAAACGAGGAAUAUCUGUAUCAGAUACCUUGUUUUCAUUGUCAGAUUUACUUCCUUUGGGUCUAAUUGGAGGGAAACCGCCAGGCAGCAAUACUACGCGACGACUCAAUCCAAGUGGUGGCUCGUAUAUCAAACAGUUCGAGUUGCUGAAAACAAACCCACUAUGGAUGGCUGCUAAUGAUGGGAACCUGCCUCUGAUGCAACAAAUACUGGAGGCUGAUCCUUCGCAGAUAAAUCAGAAAGGCGCUGAAGGAGAGUCUGUUUUGCAUGUGUGCUUGCUACGUGGCACACCCCAGCAUUUGGAGGUAGCAAGUUAUUUGAUACGGAAAUUCAAGAGGCAGAUUGUGAAUGAAGUGUAUGGAGGUGUCUGGUAUACUGGUGAAACUGCGAGCCAUCUUGCUGUAAUGCUGCCUGAUAAGCCUACUGCAAAGUUUUAUUUGAAAUUGUUGAUUCAAAAUGGUGCUGAGUUGGACAAGUUCCGUGUGACGGGCAGGUAUAUAACAACUUCGUGCUCUUCGCGUCCUUCGUAUUCUCAUAACGAUUUUGUCAUUGCUAAAGAUUCUUUGAGAAAGACGGUGGAAGUCUAUACUUUGGAGGCAAGACAUUCUGUCUUGUCGUUUGCUGCCUGCACUCAUAAACUAGAAAUCGUUAAGUUACUGGUAACUGGUGCGACCGACUCUGACGGAUUCAAAUGGCCACAACUCUCUAUAAAUGGAACUAUCGACUCUUAUGGAAAUUCAAUAUUACACUUACUGGCAUUCUGGAACAUGCCAUCAAUGUACACCGAAGUCGAAAAUCUAGGAGGAAAUCAUGAAUUGAGGAAUUUCAAAGGCCAUACGCCAUUCCUAGUGGCUGUUGAGCAAAGACAUCGCAAGUUUGUGGAUGAGUACAUCAAGCUAAGAUCAGAGAUAUUUUGGAAGUUUGGGCCAGUGACGGCAACGUGGUAUGAUAUUGAAGAAAUUGACUCGUUGGCUUCGAAUGAGUACGAGUCUGCUUUGGAGAUUGCUGCACGGAAUGAGGAUGAUGAGAUGAUGGCGCAGGAUUUGUUUAAGGCUGUGCUUGAGGUUAAGUGGAUUAUAUUUGGCUGGGGAAUGUACAUCCGAAGGUUUAUCGUGACAUUUUUGUAUAUGUUUAUUUUGUCUCUGGUCAUUCAAUGGUUACCCUACAACCAAUCUGAUCGACUGGACUAUGGCGGUCCAAAUGGAAACGGCUGGUUCCGUGCUCCGCUAGAGAUCAUCGUCAUCGUGGGAGCCGCAAUACAAAUGAUGUUUGAGAUCAAGGACAUACUCGCAAACGGGAUUAAGUACCUUAGUGGGUUUGGUGGACAGAGAAAUGCAACGCAGUUUUCAUUUUGUGCUCUGAUAUUCGCAGCACUCAUACUGCGGUUUGUUCAGCCUGCUGAUGGCAAUGCGAAUUCGAAUGAUGGUGUGAAUGGAGCCGCAGAGAGUGCAGUCCUCGCGUUAGCUGCUUUAAUCGGAUGGAUAUACCUGCUUUCGUUUGCUCGUGGUUCUCGCUCGUUCGGUCCCUUAUGGCUCGUAUUCUCGUCCACCUUGACGACCGAUGUCGUGAAAUGGCUCAUACUGUUUGGUUGUUUCUCGUUUUCCUUUGCACAGGCGUUCUAUCUGCUUAUGCAAAAUACUGGCGUAGACGAUUGGUCAACGCUGGGUGGUGCUGUUGUUUGGACGAUUCGAAUUCUCUUUGGGCAAGGAUCGUAUGAUGAUUUCAGGUCCUCGAGAAUACCGACGCUGGGCGCAAUUCUGUUCCUAACAUAUGCUGCCGCGACGACCAUCUUGCUGGUCAACGUGUUGAUCGCAAUGCUUUCGGUCACAUUUGGUUUGAUCCAGGGCUCGGCUGAAACCAAAUGGCGAUUACAAUGGACACAAUUGCUGUUGGACUUGGAAGCUGGUCUUACUGACGGCCAAAAGAGGAAGAUAAAGGAAGUGUUGGGUAUUGAGAUUAACAAGAAGCGCAAGCUGCUGUAUGAGAGAUACGACUCGGAAGACAGGCCCGUGAAGGUAAUCUUUACCAGAUCUGCCACUUCUGACGGAUUCUUCUGUCCCAGGCAUUCAACAUCGAAGGCACUAAAUUCAUCGCGGAGAUUCAAGGAUGCGGCCUCUAGCUUCUUGCGCGUCAUUUUUCCUGCUAUUUUCCAACGUCAAAACUCAACAGAGAAUCCAAACUACUUGGAACAAGAUGGAACGGUCAAAGUAGACACUGCAUCAGUCAUUAACCUGGAACAGACUGCGAUCUGCACUGCCAUACUCAAGAUGGACGAACAGCUCGUUGCAAAACUGGGCCAUUCAUUAGAAGAAGUUCGCAGUCGGGCUUGGGCUGCCGUAUCUUUCAAACUGUCGACUAGUGUCAUUACUAUUGCGGAUCUGGUGCAUCAUGUUGAUUUCCUGUAUCAGUUGCUUAACUGGUUUAACCGCGAUGCGCCCUCUCAACCAAACAAGAUUGAGGAAAUGCUUAAACUCACUCUUUCUCUCGUUCGGCAUCCGGGAGGAAAGACGAAGAUAAAUUCUAUAGGCGGAGUCUUGUUCUUCAAAAGUCUAAGAAAUUCGCUGCCAACUAGUCUCCCAGAAUGCCAGCGUUUGGCCGACGAUAUUGUAGAGACCUUGCUUCAUUUUGAUUUGAACUCGCCGGGUCAGAACACGCAUCGGUCACAGAUGCCCUGGGCUGGUUCCAGAGAUGAUAAUGAGCGGAUGAGGACUAGAGGUGCGAUAUCGCCCGUCAAUCAACAACAUAACCAGUAUAGGUUUCCGAACGCUGCAGAUCAGCCGUUUCGACAAGAAGCGCGAGCUCGUUCAAGGUCUCCGGAACGUAUGUCGAGAUCUGUUUCGCCCAUGAAAGUGCCUCAGAUCGUACCACCCUAUUUACCAAACGCCAUUUCGACAUAUGAAAUCCUGCAUUUAUCUCCACAUGACGAGAGCCUGGUUAGCCACUUUUGCACUCUCAUGUCAGCUACUGUGAACGAUACUGGAGAGGAGGCUAGGCUCUUCAAUGUACUUAAGAUUGACUUUGGGGCUCAGAUCUUUCUACAGCGUUCUCAACUAUUUCGAGCCGUCAUGAAUGGUGUGUUUGCAGAUAUUGAAGGCAGGCCCGAAAGAUCAUGGAUAUAUUUAGAAGAGCUCGUGCGCGACUGGGGCAAAAGUCUUCGUAGGUUUACAGAUACUAUAAUAGUACACACUUCUGCUACGCCCAUGAAUGCCACACCGAAUGUAUCGAUGACAGGUGGAACUCUGCCAGAAACUCGACCAGCUAUAUCAGACUAUGCGGUAUCGCUACCCUUCGCAUGCCACGAAAUCUACCUACGACUCGUACCGCUCUUACGAGAUCCGACUGCAAUGCCGAGAGCCUUGCGCAUCUUGUACGGUGUGCUUCCCUUCCUACGAAUACAAAUCGACGUCAUCCUCAGCAAAGGAUGGGGUGGUCCAGACACGCCUCCGCCAUCAGCCGUAGUAGCACAUUAUGCAUCGUUUGCAGUCGAAGUCAUUGGAUAUCAUGGUCUCCAUUCAGAAAUAGAGUCGCCAGAUGACAAUGGACAUACAAGGUUGCUGACUCAAGAACACACAAUUGCAUUCUGCUUUGAUGCUGUAUGUGCUCUCGCUCCGAUGGAUAUGGAGGAGCGGAAUCAAUUAUUGUGGACAUGUAUGUUGCAGAUAUUUGAUCUUCCAGGGUCGAAUUCCGUGCCAUCUACAAUUGUUCGGGCGCUUUUGUCAGCUGACACCAUCUUGAUUGACCUUUUGACGUGUCUUCUGACCUAUCCACAAAUGUGGGUGAGACUGGCAACCUACGAAGUUCUAGUUGAAAGCCCAGAAAUCACAAAUACAGCCUUGAGUGAAGCUGAUGGGGGACUGUUUGUGAUGAUUGUCGAGAGGGGGCUUCGAGAUGAAUCAGGACAGGUUCAGCAGUUGGCAUACAAUGUGAUUACAGAAUAUCUUGGCUCUAGUCCAAAUAUAGCCACAGUCAAAAGUGCCAUACCAUUAUUCCAAGCCUAUGCCGAUUUGGACGAUGGACAUCUUCUACAGACCGUCUUGUCACUGCUCCAGAAUGACUUGACACCAUCCGAGAAAUGUAUCAUGUAUAUUAGAGGGCUUUUGCAUCGAAACGACGUAUGUCGAAAGGCCUCGUUUGAGGGAUUCAGGAAUGCUUUACCCUUGACGACGGUUAUCGAAUCGGCGUUAGAUGGCCCAAAUGUAUUUAUAUUUUCAACGACAGCAAUAUCCUCCUUUCAGGUGGAGCAAGACCAUAUUCCACAGGAUGUGGAUCUAGAAGGAAGACUAGCUGCAUUGCGUAAUCAUAGUGUUGACUCAUCGUUGAAGACGUCUGCUUUAGCAGAUCUAGUCUCUGUCAUUACCUCAAAAGCCAUAAUGAGUAGAGCUAUACAGCUAGGGUUGCUGCAAGUCAUUCUGCAGCUACUCAAAAAUCCGGGAAUGACAUGGAUUUGGGAAGAUGGGAAUUUGAUCAAUGCUUUGACAGUCAUUCGGACCUUUGUCGAACACGAUGACCAAGCCUGUGACAUUAUUCAAGGCGAUGUCGAUUUCUUGACAUUAUUAUCUUCAUUGAUGUUCUCGCCACUACCAAACAUUCGCUACGAGUUAUCCAGAAUUUUUUUCUCGGCUCUUUGCUGUGCGCGAGUCUUUCGAUCUCUUGGCACCAUACAUAACGACCUUCAGUCACCAGGAAGGUCAAUAUCGCAUCGACGUAUACCACAAGCAUUAUCCCUCAACUUUCUAUCGUAUGGUCACGUCUCUCAUAUACCCGAUCCAUUCUACGAUCUCGUUCCAAACCCAUUGGAUGCACGAGGAUCGUCAUUGUUGUGGUCUGUCAUGAAAGAUUAUCGACAGUUUGCUACUUCAGUGUCAAGCUUGGAUUCACGGCACACGCCAACUAGCCCGUUUCAAAAUUUUGUAUCUGAGGGCUGUCGCAGAUUACAGGCCGCCUCUUCUCAUCUGGAGUUCCAGAGAGCACUCCAAGUCAUGUCUAAUAAUUGUAUGUGUGAGACAGAUUGGCUGAUGGUGUCGUCUCAAAAUCUUGCUGGUGUGCUCGGAAGGUUUUUGAUGACUCCUCCAGCGAGUCCAGAGGAUGCCAAUGUAUUGGGAAGCAUUCUUGAUUUCCUGGCCUCAAUGGCAGGUACAUCGACACUACCAGAUGCCCUGUUUCCCACUCUGAUCUCGUCAAUACGUCGUGUCCUCUUGUUUGUACUUGAACGAGGAUCACGAGAAGACGUAGGCAGUACCAUAAAUUGGAGAGAUUUAAGUGCUUCUAUCGCUGGAUUCUUGAGCUGGUUUUUGGUUGAUUUGCCUGAAAAUGAAUUGGUCGGCUUGAUAUCGAGCUCUUCAAUAGUCUCAGUAUUGGUAAAUUACGCAAGUAGACUGUUUUUACACAAACAGAUUACAAGAUUGUCUCCAGCCAUCCACCGGGAUACUUUGACUUGCCUCAUCACCGUGACUUCAUUACCGUCGCUAGCAUUCUCACUGUCUGGGACCGUCGUAGCCAACGCAAUACGUGUAUUGGUGUCGUAUAUUGCCCUAGUGCAACACGAAGGAACAGAUUGGAGCGAUGAAGAAGCUCUGAAUGGCAAUAGAGCCAACGGAAACAUUUUCACAUACUGUGGGAGGAACGCCUAUCAGCUCGCUGCAGUCGGUCUUCGUAAUCUGUCUCGAAUAGCUGUCGAGACACGGGAUACAGAGCAAACGUGGGUUUGGGGUGAACAUUGGCUGGUUCAGGACGAUAUACAAUGGCUCAUGACACUGCUGAACGACGAUGAAAAAACCAUGCAGAAAGUCGGGCUCGGCAUUCUUGGGAACCUAAUACUGGUCAAAGGAAGCUAUCAGUAUCUUUGCAUAAAGAUACCUCAAUUCCUGGACAUGGCAUUUGCCUACAUUUUGGAUUUCGAACGAGUCGAGUCCAUUCGUAAAGAGGCAUUCUUGGUCAUCAACAACUUUAUAAUAACAUUUUGUGUUGAUAACAAGCUAAAGGGUGGUAGUAUGGAAACUGAUGAGUCGUCUAUAGACCAGGAUGUAAUUGAUUUGAACAAUAUCGUGGGAAACGGUAACGGGAAGAUAGGACCUGACCCAACUUCCGAGUUGCUGAAAAUAUUUGAUCAUUGUGGAUUCUUUGACAAGCUCAGAGACGUCUUGUCAGAGCCACCACGAGCUGCUGUCGCCUAUAGAACAGCAGUAUCCGAAAUACUCGUAAAUCUGUUGCUGAUAAACCCAGACGCAUUAAGGUCAAGACUAGCACUUCAAUCUGCAUGGCCUACAAUAAUCGAUUACCUGGCUCCUGCAUAUGAAGCACGUGAGCCAGAUGAAGACGAUGAGCCAGAUUCAUCUAUAUCAUAUCAGCUCUUCAGAAGACGACAAUUCACCUCCAUCAAUGGGACAGCCAUUGAUAAUAUGAGGUGUACAGUCUUGCAGUGUGUACGUCUAGCUUGUUUUGGAGAUGCAGAGACACGACGAGUAUUGGUUUCUACAACAGACGCCAUUACUGUACUAGUCUUCAUGAUUGACGAGCUGUGGAGCACUCUGGAAUCAUCUACUACCAAGUCCAACAAUCAGGCUACUUGGUAUGCUCUUCGAAUGUCGGCUCUAUCACUGUCAGAUUUGUUGUGGGACGCGUGUGCCCAUGACAAGGCUGGGUUGGAAGGACUGCUGAGUGGUUCCAGCGCUUCUAGACCAGCUAUAGUAACCAGAAUAUUAGCUGCAUCUUUGGCUCUCGUCCGUCGUAAAACAGAUGCUACUUCGGUUUCAGCUGGAGUCCAACUGCUGGGUCGAAUCUUGUCAAUGCAUUGUGGCGAGGUGGCUGAUAUUGGUGUUGAUUUAGCUUUGAAGCAAGAUUGUCAACCUGGACGAGCUAACAAAGGAAUAUUGGGACCGGAACUGUGCCAUGAACUCAUGACGAUCAUAAUUGAAGAGUAUGAGACGUCAUCGCCAGGACAUAUCGAAAGCGCACGUAUUGCUUUGCAAUGUCUUAUGGGUCGCUGUGAAGUUGCUAAAAUUCAUGCCAUUCAAGCCAACUUUUCGGAAAUGAUUAUAAGCAGAAUGAACAUUGUUAGAUCAGCGAAUCGGAUUGACGAAUCACAUCAAAUGGAGCUCUUCACUUUGACCUGCUUGCUGCGUCAUCUAUUUGCUGGAUCAAUAGACGCCAAACAGCAAGCACUAGAUUGUGGAGCACAGGAUGCACUGUCCGAACUUUUAGGCCUCUCUCGAGAAUUAGGUGAUGCACUAUUACUAGAAUUGCUCUGUUGUGUUCGAAAUAUGGUGGCCAGCUGUGUUGCUGCUAAACGUGCUGUAGUAGAGCCACCAAGGAAGAAGCCUGGUGGUUUAUGCUGUGUUGAUGGUGUAGUGAAGAUCAUGAAGACACUGCAAUCAAAUGCUACACAUGAUGAGAUCUUCUUGGCUUGUAUUGAGGUGCUCAAGCUGCUCGCCUUAAGUACAACAGAGUCUACAGAGUCAAGAACUGCCAUAAUCAAGUCUAAUAUUUUGAACGAUAUUUACAACCUCUUGACUCGAUUCACACGAAGUAAAGAAAUGCUUCGUGUGGACGGCAUCCUCCAGUUUCUAUACUCAAUGUCUUUAAGCCAUGACGGACAAAUCCAUACGAUGAGGGUGGCCGGUCUCUUCCCUCUACUGGUGGAUCUUCUCUCCAGUAAAUCGCCACAAGUGAAGAGGACGAAUCUGUUGCUUCUGAAAAAUCUUUUAUCCACACGUGAAAACAAGGCACAUGCUCUGGCUGAUGAAAACUUUAUGUCGAAUAUGCUCAAGUUUGGUUUGCAAAGCAAGUCGUUGACCUUGUUAUCGCCAGCAACAUCGUGCAUAUGGGUGUUUUUGUAUGACAGUGAAAAGGCCAAGGUGGCUUUGAAAAAAUCGACUUUGAAGGAAGAUUUGGUGGCCUUGGAAAGGAGACUAGUAUAUGACUAUGCUUGGUUUUUGCAAGUGGAUGAUCCAAAAGAUCCUCGACAGUGGGAUGGUGACUUUGAUCGAGAAGACGCAGAGAAUCUCGUACAGACGCUCCAAAAUAUAGCGGCGAUUGCACGACUUCUCUCCAUAUAG